CAAACAACUUGCACAAAAUACCGAAGCUUGAACACAAAAAUCAGAUUGUACAUUUCAAAUAAGCCUAAAAAGCAUAAAUAUUACAAAUUGCAGAAUGCCUAUCUCUACUAUAACAACACAAAAACUUGCAAAACAAAGAACUUGCCCAAAAUACCAAAAACUUGAGCAGAAAACGACUGUCUAAUAACUUAUUUCCUCGUUUUUCACAAUUCUGGAACCUACAUGUUCAUUCAUAGGUUUAUAAAAUGAAAUAACCGGUGAUUCUUUAUUUCAGUUUGGUCUUAGGGUUUCAGAUGAUUUAGGGUAUUCUGAAAUUCUCCACUAUAACAGCACAAAAAUUGCAAAACAAAGAACUUGCCCAAAAUACCAAAAACUUGAGCAGAAAACGACUGUCUGAUAACUUAUUUCCUCGAUUUUCACAAUUCUGGAACCUACAUGUUCAUUCAUAGGUUUCUAAAAUGAAGUAACCGGUGAUUCUUUAUUUCAGUUUGGUCUUAGGGUUUCAGAUGAUUUAGGGUUUAUACGAAGUUAUAUCGACAGCUUUUAUGUCUGUCUAGGGUUAAAGUUUCAGUAUACUCCAUAUAAGGUAUUUUGGUCGUAGCUUCAUGCAGCUUCAUUUAAUGCUGAAAUUAUCUGGGACUGAUAAUGUAUAUCACAAAGUUCGAUGGAAAUUUGGCCUUUGAAUUUUUCAGAAUGGACGGGAUUGGAAAGAUGAAAGAAAGAUUAUAUUUCAGGUCCAUAUCACAAAUGAGGGCUUGGAUUCAUUUGAGGAGUGGAUUCAUUUGAGGAGCAGCUGCGAGGUUUGAGCCAUAUUGGGUUUAUGGAUAUGCUACUAGAGUCAGAUUCUUCAUCCACGAUGCCUAGUCAUCUAGUUAGCCCCUUACACUCCUCAGUCAUACGUACAACCAGAGAGAGAUAUGCAGGCACGAGUGAUGUGGUUGAUAUGAUUACAGGACAUGAUCAGGCUAUACAACCUACUCCUGAUACACAUGGGUCUAUUGGACAUUUAGAGUCUCACGAGGAUUCUCCCUCAGAGGGUCGCUCUGUUCGUGGCCGACAUGAUGCAUGCACGAGUGAUGUGGUUGAUAUGAUCACAGGACAUGAUGAGGCUAUACAACCUGUACACAUGGGUUUAUUGGACAUCCAGACUCUCAAGGACUGGACUCUCCCUCAAAGGGGGCCAUAUCACAGAUGAGGGCUUGGAUUCAUUUGAGGAGCAACUGCGAGGUUUGAGCCAUACUGGGUUUAUGGAUAUGCUACUAGAGUCAGAUUCUUCAUCCACGAUGCCUAGUCAUCUAGUUAGCCCCUUACACUCCUCAGUCAUUGAUGUGGUUGAUAUGAUCAUAGGACAUGAUCAAACUAUACAACCUACUCCUGAUACACAUGUAUGUACAUGUGCGUUUAAAUUUUUAAAAGAUGUAUAUGUUGAAAUGUACGAUAAAUCUAUAAUCAUUUAAUAAAUAUAGAAGCUAACUUGUAUCA